AUGACGGUUGUCUGGAAGGAGCUGUUCUUGAAGCUGGAGGAGGGCAUUGAUCUGAGACACUACUCCAAACAGGUGGAGACUGAGUUACAGUAUAUUGAACAUGCCUCCAUCAAAGACUACAUCAAGGAGAGUGAGAACAUCACCAGUCUGCACAACCAGAUCACUGCCUGUGACACCACCCUGGAGAGGAUGGAGCAGAUGUUGAGCACCUUCCAGUGUGACCUGAGCAGCAUCAGCUGUGAGAUCCAGACUCUACAGGAGCAGUCCAUCGCCAUGAACAUCAAGCUGAAGAACCGUCAGUCCGUGCGCAGCGAACUCAGCCAGUUAGUGGACGAGCUCAUCGUGCCCAACACCAUGAUCACCACCAUCCUGGACACCCCAGUCACUGAGCAACAGUUUGUGGAGCAGCUCCACGAGCUCAACAACAAGAUUAACUACGUCAAAGAGCAGUCCUUCACGGAGACCUUGGCCUGCUCUGAUGUGCAAGACAUCCUGGAUCGCCUCAAGAUCAAGGCCGUUUCGAAGAUCAGGGAGUUUAUUCUGCAAAAGAUCUAUUCAUUUCGCAAACCCAUGACCAACUACCUGGUUCCUCAGAACGCACUGUUGAAAUACAGGUAUGGCACCUCUCUCUCUGUCUGUCCUGUACAACAGGUGAGAUACAGGUACGGCCUCUCUCUGUCCCCGUCACGUAACAGAACUGGGGUACAGGUAAGUCUUCUCCCUGUCUCGUACAAGGUGUGAGAUACAGGUGCCACAUCUCUCAUCUCUUCCCU